CUUUUUUGGACCGGAAGUGGCAUUUAGCCGAUAAACAAUUACAAUAUAUUGACAUUGUCAUUGAUAAAAAUCAUCUUGUAAUAAACAAAAUAACAUUGAAAUUCUGCCUGUCAAAAUAUUUGAUUUUCAAUACGUAAUAAGUAGAUUAUACUUUCUUGUUUUAUUAUGAGAAUUCCACACAUGGAUGACAAGAAGUCGUCCUCAAGUCAGGUACACUACACUACACACAGUUCACAGCCCCAUACUUAUCAGAAUCAGAUCAGUACUAGAAAUAUUUAAUAUGAGUGACCUACUACUAAUUAUUUACUAAUAUAUAGAUAGUAGACUAAGUAGAUAGACUAAAUAGUAAUUUAAUUAUAUAGUCUAAUACAGUGGUUCUCAACCUUCCUAAUGCCGCGGGACCCUUUAACUACAGUUUCUCAUGUUGUGGCGACCCCUAACCACAAAAUUAUUAUAUUUGUCUUUGCUGCUUCAUCACUGUAGACUGUAGAGUAAAUGUGUUUUCCUAUGAUCUAUAUCUAUGACGACCCCUCUGACAGGAUCGUUCUACCCCCAAAGGGGUCACGACCCACAGGUUGAGAACCCCUGGUCUAUUGGUAGCUCCCCACUUUGAAUUUAUUAAUAAAUAAUUUCAAUAAUUCAUGAUUACGAGUAAAAAUAAGGUAAAUUAUUAGAAAACGUCCCGCGAUGGCUGCCAUCUUGGUUGACACAACCAGUUAAUUUUGUCACUAAUGUAUCCCUAAAUCAAUCCCUAUGCCUAACCUGAACCCUAAAUCGAUCCCUAUGCCUAACCUGAACCCUAAAUCUAUCUCUAUGCCUAACCUGAACCCUAAAUCGAUCCCUAUGCCUAACCUGAACCCUAAUUCACUGCAACUAUAAAAAACACGCAAAUGACGUCACGGGGUGAAAACUAAGAAUCAGCCCAAAAUAAAAAACAAAUGGCAUUAUCAUUAUUAAUAAAAUUAUUUUAUUUUAGCCUUAUUUCAAUUAGGAAUUUAAAAUCAUUUGGCAUGCAUGGCAUGAAUUAUAAUAAUAAUUAAUAAAAAUAAAUAAUAAUAAUAGAUUUAACUUUUAUUACUUUUAAUUUUAAACUUUACUUGUACUAAUACUUUUACUAAUAAAUAUUUAUUACAACUACUCAACUACUGCUUAAGAAGUAGUACUGUCUACAGUACUGUAGUCUAUAACAACUGGGUACUUGUCUGAAAUUACUGUGUACUAUUACUAUAAAAAAUUGAACAGUUGGCUCAGUAGGUCUAUUUUUAUAACUAUGGUAAUCUCUUAUUUUAGCCCCAGGCAUUGGGGAGUGUUCAUUUUAAUUGUUUUUUCAUUUUAAUUAAAAAAUCUCCCUAAUUAUCAGAUGGAACUUUACUAAAAUAAACACUUCAAUUUUAAUUGUUGAUAUUGAACAAGUAUUGUUUUCCAAACAGUUUAUCUUAUAAUUUUCUAGGCUUUCAAAAUUUAAAGGGAUUUUUAAUUUCUGAGUUCUCCAUAGGCCUUAGGCUUUUUUUACAAUACCAUGUCCAAAAUGGCACAGUGAAUAGCAAAAGAUGCAUGGGCAUGGGCGUGUACUUUUAAAAUUUUGUACAAUCUGUUUGAUAGUCUUUUAAGAGAUUACUUUUACUUACGGUAUAAAACCCCUUUGAAAAGGAUUUAAUUAAAAUAAUAAAAUGCUGUUAAGUUCAUUAUUUAUUUUUUUUAAAGUAAUCGAUAAAGUAAAACAAAAAAUGCUCUUCCAUUUGGAUUCAAAAUUAGUAUGCCAAAAUAAGAGAUAACCCAGUGUCUUAUCCCUAUUUAAGUAUUUCUAUAGUUCAUUUUUAAUUUAAAAAAUAUUGAAUUGCCUUUUAAAAAUACUUUAAUUUUUUUCAUUCAGCAAAAAAAUACACUUGCAGAACUUUUGCCUGGGCCUUCCCCACCCCCAGUGUCGAAUGCUUCUAUGAUUGUAGCUCAGAAUCCAUUUGAUGAUCCAAUGCCUACGAACAACAUGCAAGGAAAACCUCAACAGAUGCCUCCUUCCCAAGGAGGCUCUUUACCUCCUGGUCAGGGUCCACCAUCCCAUGGCAAAGUAUAUCCUCCUAAUCAACCCAUGGUAUUUAACCCCUCGAAUCCAAGUGCACCACCUAUUUAUCCUUGUGGUGUAUGUCAUAAAGAAGUACAUGAAAAUGAUCAGGCUGUUUUGUGUGAAAGUGGAUGCAAUUUCUGGUUUCAUAGAAUUUGUACAGGGCUGACUGCUGAUGCAUUUUCUAUGCUUAAGGCUGAGAUUUAUGCAGAAUGGGCAUGUGAUAGGUGUCUUAAUACUAAAAAUAUCCCAUUGGUCAAAUUAAAACCAUAAUUUAUUCAGGAGAUUAAGGAUAUUUAAAAAAAAAAAUAAAACAAAAAGAAUAAAUUUAGAUUAAUUAGAUACAAUGAUGAAUUAAAAUUAUAAAGAAAUGUGUGUCCAAAAAUUAAUUCACAUGGUGCAUGCAUGAUGCAAGAUUUUUCUGCAUUUUUAUUUGUUCUCCCUUGAAAUGAAUUAAAUUACAUUUUUUUUUUUUUUUACUUAACCAUCAAAGAUGUUUUGUAAAUGUUAUUAUAAAAAAGUAGCAAUUUGUGCAGUUCUCUGUUCUAAAAAAAAUGCCAUGUAUCAAAAUACUGGUGUAUAUAAUCUAUUGAAAAAGCAGGAAUCUGAUGAGUUUGGCUUUGUAAAUGUUUAUUUGGGCAUUAAAUAAUUGUGAGAGAAGGAACAGUGCUUGCAUCAUGGGAUUUUCUUGAAAGGUAAAAGAACUAAUUGUUUUCAAAUUUAAUUUAAGCAAUUUUAUUGUAUUAGAGAUUAAGGUAUUCUGAUCAACAGGAAAUUCAAAAAAGUUUUCCGUGAUUAUGAAUUGGAAAAUAUUUCUUAUAUAUUUUUUAUUUAAGAUUUAAAAAAAAAAUUCACAAUUCUUUUAUUCUUACAUUAGUUGACUAAUUAACUUUCUUAAAAUAAAGUUAACUACCUGUAAACUGUAAAUGUUUGUAAUAUAAUGAUUAAAUGCACAAACUCCACAAAAAGAAGUUAUUGCUAUAUCCUGAGUCAGAGAAUUUAACUGAGUCCAGUUGUCAAAUGAAUGAUAUUUUCUGAAUACAUCAUUUGGGAGAUAUUUAAGAUCACAUAACUGUUUUGAAUUGAAAACUCCAUUGCAGCUAUAUCCAUUGUGUUAAGAUUGAAUCUCAUUUCUUUAAUACAUUAUGUAUGAACAAAUUAUGUUUUGUUAAAAUUUAAAUCAUCAAAUCAUUAUUUAUAUUGUAAAACAUUUUAUCAUCUCUAUCAUUAGAUCACUUCAAAGUUCAAAUAUGAACAUUUUAAUAAAAUUAUAAUGUGACUAUAGAUUUACAAGUUUUCUCAGUUGUUUUAUUACUAAUUACAAAGUCAUCAAAUUUAUUAUUUAUUUGUAUAAUAUUAUAAUUUCAAAUGUGAUGCUGUAUGUGUUAUAAUAAUUUUAAAGUA